AUGUCGACUCGCGGAUGCGGUCGCAGGCGAGGUAGAGGUAGGAUAGGAACUGUUACUCCUACCCCCACAGGGACUGAUCCAGUAGACUUUAUGGCUGCCCUGGGAAAUAUGGCUGCAGCUAUGCAGGCAAUAGCUGAGGCACUGGGUAAUCAGAUAAAUCAGGAUAAUCAUGGGAACAAUAAUGAUGAGGAUGGUCCUAUGACACUUGCUACAUUUCUGAAAGUUUGCCCUCUGACCUUCAUGGGAAUCUCAAAUCUCACUGAUGCAGAUAAUUGGAUUCAGGCUAUAGAAAGGGCGUUACAGGCACAACAUGUUCUUGAAGAGCAAUGGGUUGAAUUUGAAACUUAUCAGUUGCAAGGUGCACCUGAAGAUUUUGCUGAAUGGAAGUGUAUUAAAUACGAGGGAGGUCUUUGGAGUGGUAUUCUGAGCUUUGUUGCCCCAAUGGAGAUCAGGGUGUUUUUUGAAUUGGUGAAUAAGAGUAGGGUGGCUGAGGAUUGUGUGAGGAAGGUGACAGCAGAGAAAGAAAGUUUGAGGACUCAGGGCCAGGGUGGUUACAGAAGGCCGAAUACUAAUGCUAGUAAAGGAAAAAGAUUUGGGAAGCAGCCACAGCAGGAUCUGAAUUGUCAGAAGUGCGAAAAGUAUCAUCUUAGAGUUCCGUGCAGAUUAGGACUUGGAGUGUGCUAUUACUGUGGACAGCCCGGACAUAUAGCCACUAAUUGCCCAGAGAAGAAGAAGUAUGAGACUGGUAGGGUACAGCAGCCGGGGAGAGUAUACACCACUUCUACCAUAGGUGCUGAUGGAUCUGAGACACUGAUUAGAGGUAAUUGUGAAAUGGCUGGUAAAAUCUUAAAUGCUUUAUUUGAUUCUGGAGCGUCUCAUUCAUUUACUGCAUUUGAAAAGGCCAAUGAGUUAGGAUUGAGAAUGGUGGUUUUAAGUUAUGAUUUGAAAUUAUAUAAUGCUACUCAUGAAGCUAUGGUGACUAGGAUAGGGUGUCCACAAGUUUCCUUUCGAGUGCAACAUCGUGAAUUUAUGCAUGAUUUGAUUUCUUUGCCUAUGACUGGUCUUGAUCUCAUCUUGGGAUUGGAUUGGUUAUCCAAGAAUCAUGUUUUGCUUGAUUGUUCUGAGAAGUCAGUACAGUUUAUGCCAGAAGGGUCAGAAGCACCGGUUGUGGUGAAUAGUUAUUAUUUGAAUUCUAUGAUAGUAAACUGUUCUGAAACUGAAUGUCAGGGUAUUAUGUUAUUAACUGCGGGAGUAUCAGGUGAUGAUCAGAGUUUAGAGCAGAUUCCGGUUGUAUGUGAAUUUCCAGAUGUGUUUUUGGAUGAUAUUAAUGAAUUUUCACAUAACUGA